AAUAAAUACGGGAGUACAUCUCGUCCAUAUUACACUUCAAUCUGAUAACAUCGCAGAUGCCUUACGUAUAUUUUGCUUUACGGUAAGAAAUUAAGAAUGCUUCCGACGAGAAAAUCCGAAAUAAAUAUGCACGAAGUGGAAGUCUCAAGAAACAUUAUUGUGGACUGCGAUGCCGGUAUCGAUGACGCUUUGGCCUUAAUCGUUCUCUUGGCAAGUCACACUACCAAGAGACUCAACAUUAAGGCUAUCACUUGUGUUAACGGCAACACUAAAGUGAGCAAUGUGGUGAGAAAUGUGUUCAGAACGCUGCACGUAUGCGACUGCACAGAUAUACCUGUUUAUCGAGGAGCGUAUUCGUCUCUGUUGGACACUCCAAAUGCCAAAGAAACAGCAUCAGAAUGUUAUCACGGAAAAGAUGGAUUCGGAGAUAUAUUCACCGAUGAUCCGGAUACAAGUAAACUGCAAGAAGAGCAUGCUGUGUGCGCUUUACACAGAAUCACAUCGGAGGAGCCAGGUAACAUCUCCGUGAUUUGCUUGGGUCCUCUGACGAACAUAGCGAUGACUAUAAAACUGUUUCCAGAGUUUGUGAACAACGUGAAAGAACUUUUUGUAAUGGGUGGAAAUUCAACUGCACAGGGUAACAUAACUGCCCAAGCGGAAUUUAACUUCUACGCAGAUCCGGAAAGCGUGCACAUCGUACUCAACAGCAUCAACAAACCUCUAUGGCUGUUACCAUGGGAAUCCUGUUUAGAGGCCAGAAUUACACAUGAAUGGCGAAGAGAUGUACUAGGCAAAAUAGACAAACCCUGCGUGCACAUGAUGAACAAAAUUGAAGAGAGCAGACGCUCGCAAGCGAAAAAGUAUUUUCCUUAUUAUACCGUGUGCGAUGCUUUCUUAGCUGGAAUUGUGUUGAUACCUCGUAUGGCCAAGAAUGUUGUUCCGUGGCACGCGGACAUCGAGUUGAACGGCAACAAAACUCGGGGCCAAGUUGUCCUCGAUCAUCUGUUGUCGGACAAACCGAAUGUGAAUUUGAUACACAGUUUUGAUUCGGAGAUAUUUAAGGAGAUAUUACUGAACGCAGUGAACACGUUUCGUUCGGGAAACGGAGAAUAACGAAAGAUUGUACAAAAGGACGGGACAUUUCAAGGAAAUAACAAAAGUCAUAUAGACGAGAAGAGACUAGAGAAUUUAUUUUUAAAGUCACAGUUAAGGGAAACAAUAUGGAUUUAAUGGCUUUUGUGCCCGAUCUU